CUCGAACGCAGGAAUUCACUCCAUUUUACGAAUGGAUUACGAAACAUUCGAAGCGGCUCACAAGCCCCAGCUCCAAUCGUCUGGUGUGCCGGAACAUCUGUGGCCAGAGUUGUACCGUAAGUUAUCCGACCGUGUGUUCGAUGCAGGAAGCGCCUUCUCGCUGCUUUUGGUGGAUUACGGUGAUACACCUCGUGCACCGGAAGAUCCCGUGUGGGCGCUGCAAGUGACCAAAGAGGGUGGACUGCAAGCGAACGAUCCGACGGCAAUCUAUCUAAUCGAUCAUGCGUGGACGUUUCGUACGGACAAUGCACGCCAACUGCUAAACGACCAUCCGGAGCUGGUUAACCGUUUGGUUGUAAUGAUGGGACUGCAGCAGGACGAUAAUCUGCCACCGAAUGCGUACAUCCCACGCAUCCUGCGGCACAUGUGGCUCUGGUGCAAUACGUACUCGAUCAAUGCGGGUGGACUGUCGUUGGAGGAUCGAUUGCCGGUCUGGUACGUGAUGGACGAGGUGGGAAGUGCGAUACUGCACGGUAAUUCACCCAACUGUCGGGUCGUUCCGUUUAUGUACAUUGUGGAAGGGGCUGCGUACAGUUUGCUCUUCCCAACGGAGGACAUCGAUGAGGGUGAUCCGUUGUAUCGAGAUUUCGUCGAAGGUACACCAACGGACUCGCAGCAACGGGAUGCUCUACUGGUUCCGUGGCGAUACGAAUCGUUCGUGAAGGAGGACUUCAGUCAGGUGGAACCGCCGAAGGAAUACUUUUUAGGCGGUCACAUUGAAGAAUCGCUCCCGGUUCCGGACAUGCCACCACCGCUGAUCGAUGGAAACCGAUCGCUGAAGGUGUAUUCGCAGUAUGAGCUUGUCAACCAAUACCUGACGGAUCCGGCCUACGAAAUUGUAACCGAUCCAGCGGACGCGGACAUACUCUGGCUGACGAGUCAUUUCAAGGAGUUCCGUGAGCUGAGCGAAAGCAAUCCUAAUAAGUUCGUAAAUCAGUUUCCAUUUGAGAAUGUGAUCACGAUCAAGGAUCUACUGAGCAUCGUUUGUCGUAGAAUGGCCAAGGAACUGCCUCCGAGCGAUGAAGAUGAACCAUCACUAGCACCCAACCCUCGCUGGCUUCCGGUAACGUACAAUCUGAAGACGGAGUUGGUGCCUUUUGUAAGCUACUACCAGAAUCGUGCCCAACGCGGCAUGGACAACCAUUGGAUCGUGAAGCCAUUCAACCUGGCCCGCACGCUCGAUACGUACAUUACGGACAAUCUGGCGCAAAUUUUGCGUCUGCAGCAAACGGGACCGAAAAUCGCCCAAAAGUACAUCGAACAUCCGGUUCUGUUCGAACGGGCCGAGCUCGAAGCAAGAGUCAAAUUCGACGUACGGUACGUGCUGCUGGUGAAAAGCGUCGACGAUCUGUGCGCUUACGUGUACACAAACUUCUUCCUGCGCUUUGCCAACAAACCCUUCCAGCUGGAUGAUUUCGACGAUUACGAGAAACACUUUACCGUCAUGAACUAUGGCCAGUUUCAGUUGCGCCACAUGAAGUGUGAUGAGUUUGUCCAAUGCUGGAGCACACAAUUCCCGAGCCAUCCGUGGGACGAGAUCGAGACGGAUAUUUGUGAAAUGUUGAAGGAGAUGCUGCAGGGUGCUACUCGGUUAGGACCACCGUGUGGGAUCGGCGCUAGUGCUCAAUCACGCGCCCUAUAUGCUGUAGAUUUGAUGCUCGAGUGGACGGAAGCGGGCACGAAGAUACAGCCGAAGCUGUUGGAAGUCAACUUCACGCCAGACUGUCAGCGGGCGUGCGAGUACUAUCCGGAGUUUUACAACGAUAUGUUUAACUUGCUGUUUUUAGAUCAGGAAAAUUUGGACGUGUUCAAACGAAUUGUAUAG